UCCCUGAAAAACAGGCCCACAAGUGCUGCCCUCAAUGAGGUAGAGUUGUUUUCCCCUUCCGUUUUUGGAAGUCCACCCGCUCGCCCAUAAGUUCACUGCUUCAUGCACCGCAUAUGCACCGUCCUUCAGGUCCAUGCAGAAGCUUGACUCAUGCUUGACUCUGCCAUAUUUGUUGUGGUGUAGGUAUGAUCAAAUGAUUACUAGUCAGUAUGAAUGUCACUACCCUGAGGGUCGAAAUAGGUCCACUUUCGAACAAAGAGAUGAGCAAUCUCCCCCUUCUUCUCUGGCGAUACCGAAACAUAAAGUGAUUUGGCAUUAUCGCGGCAAAAAUGACAGUUAUGGAUUUUUUCGGUUGUGCCUUUUUGGCUUUUGGCCCACCGUUGGCUAUGUUUACUUUUACCAUUGCAGUUGAGCCUAUUCGAAUUAUUAUGCUAGUAGCCAGUGCCUUCUUUUGGCUCAUUUCUCUGUUAUUAUCAUCGGUGCUUUGGUAUGCCGUCGUUCCACUGCAAAACCACCUCGCUUUCGGACUCGUUUUCUCCGUAUUAUUUCAAGAAGCAUUUAGGUAUCUGCUGUAUUGGGUUCUGAGGAAAGCAGAGAGAGGGUUAGACAAAGUGACAACGACACAUGUGGCAGAUAGCAGACAUGUGUUUGCAUAUGUAUGUGGUUUAGGCUUUGGUUUUAUGAGCGGUGCCUUCGCUCUAGUCAAUGUCUUGGCUGAUGCAGUUGGACCUGGAACUAUGGGACUUAAACAAGGCUCGGAGUACUUCUUUGUAAUAUCAGCAGCGACGACACUUUGCUUUGUCUUGCUGCAUACAUUUUGGAGUGUCGUAUUUUUUGCUGCCCUGGAUAGAAAGAAUUGGGGACAAGUUACUUGGGUGGUUGCUUCACACUUGUUUGUGUCAUGUAUGACACUGUUGAACGUGUAUCAAGCUUACAUAGCCACCACCUUAUCAGCUUAUGUGGUUCUGAUAAUAACAACGGCACUUGCAUUCAAAGUGGCAGGUGGCAGGGCCCAAACUGUACCCCACUGCUUUCAAGGCAGUGAAUGAAGUAAAACCUUUUAACGUAAUUGUGUUUAACAGAGAUGGACGUUGCAGAGAGAUGAUGCUCGUUUUCUUAAGUGUUAGACCCUAAAAAGAUUGUUCACUGCUCUGAUAUAAGGGUAAGAAUUAAUGAUGUUCGAUAUAAAUGGAAAACCCGUAAUGAUUGGAAUGUAUACUUACAUAUUUCUACACUUGACCAAAACAAGUAGACACAUUCAUUGAGUGUAUCAGUAUUAUUUAUCUCUCAAUGACUAUCAUAUAUUAACAUUCGCGGUUCGAUUACGUUCCAACAAGAUUUGAAUAAAAAGUUUAAUGCAUUAGAUACGUUGUAGCAUGGAAUUUGUUGGUCAAGCUGUGUUAGUCCGUCCCUUAACCCAUUGAAACGAUUGUAUAACUCAAUGUUUCGAAUUACAAUCAAAUCGUGUAAAUGUACGACAUUCUCAAGUAUUGCGGUGAACUACGAAAUCCACACGUGGAUUAUGAAUGUAUAUAUGUAAGAAUCUGUAUAUCUAUAUGUAAUGUAAGUACAUGUUUCAUUAAACAGAGAAGAAGUAAA